AUGAUCUUGUUCCGCGUACAAGACCCCUGCAACAUCAUCAUUAUUGAGGGACAAAAAUCCAAGAAGCUUCGCAAUGCGCUUCACCAGGGUAACGUUGUUGCUUUAGUCGAGCAAACACUGCAAGAGGCGACAAAUCCGUUCGACUUGUGCUUUCUUGAUGGAGUUCGAACAUCAUUGGAUCCAUGCACUGCGCUGAUGGGGAUGCUUACCUCUCACACGGGAGACAAAAGAAAGAUCAAGAGAAUUGUGUUUACAACUUCUUUGCAGUUUGAUUUGAGGGCUGGAGAUGUUCAGAUGGGUAUUGAUAGGGCCUACGAAGAUUUAAAGUUCGACUCCUUCACCCAAGGUGACUACAAAAGUGCCAUUUCCAACCAGCCAUUCUUAAACCGCUUACUGAAAUCCAAACCUGAUAUUAUGAAGGACAUUCUUCACUUUAAGAAUAUGGGUACCCCCAUUCCAUGGGCUGAACAGGUGGAUGGCGAAGAAGAGAGCAUUGGAGAUGGUAUCUCCGAAGGAGAAGAAGGAAAAGCGGAAGAAAGCAAUGAAUAUGAGACCAAUGACGAUGCUAUUUCUGUGGAAUCCUUUGUUGCUGUUGCUGCAAACAUUACUACUGCUCAACAACAGCCUGGAUAUAUUGUUUCCAAAAUCAAGGGGAAUGAAUGGGAAGAGUUUGCAAGUCCAACAAUUUCCUACAAGGCUCCCAACUCUGUCAACACUCUCAUGCAGCAGUUUAAGGGUCGCACUGCCGCUGUUAGCAAGUAUGUUCUCUUUGAAGCAUAUGAGAAGGUGGAAGGAAGGUUGGUUAGUGCUGUGAAUGCUGCUGCCGAACAUUCAGAUAAUCCUACUCUCAAAGGCUGGGCAUUUGAACUGGAGCAGCUCCACGCGAUCAAAACUGUCUUCACAAAAAAUUCUACUAAGAAUAGUGUGAAAAAAUUGCUGACAUCCAAGGAAGGGUUGUGCUUUAAACCGGUUGAAAAUGGAGAAGUCUCAUAUGAUGGAAACAAACUGAGCUAUAGCCCAGAGACAGAAUUUGAAUCUGGAACAAUUAUAUGGUGCAUGAAAUGGAAUCAAGGAUGUUUUGAUGCCGCAUUCUUCAAGGAUGAAGUUCUACUGACCCUACAGUUCACUGUUGCGGGUGACCAUUCACUUAAGGUGCAAUACAUCAGUGAUUUGAAGAAUGCAAUUGAAAAUAGCUUGGACCAGGAGGGGCUCCGCUGA